GGGGCUGGGGAGGCGCGAGCGGACUGGAUGAGGCCGAACAAAGUGGGGGGAGGUGCGGCUGGAUGUGGGGAAGCGUCGGGGGUGAAGAAGCCCAUUUGGAUCAGGGGAUAUUUUCAGACGAGAACGCACAUCUGGGGAGGAUGGCGGCCGUAGCGAGAAGGAUAGGGUUCCAGCUGGAUUGUGUGUGUGGAAGAGCCACAGAUAAAUAUCAGGGGCAGAACUGGCCACAGUGGAUGCGGCACGCACCUGUAGGUGCAGGGUCCGUAACUGGCACAUCUGGAGAUGUGAGCAUCUCUGGGAAGCAGGGGCUACAGCUAGAUGCGGGGGAUACAGGGCUCGCGUUUGGGAGAGGGGCGACAGCUACAUACUGGAGACAAAUCUGGGGAGGAGAGAGCUACAGGUGCACGAGAAAUACGAAGGGGAUGGCGGUCCGUGACGUGGGGAGCACAUCUAGAGAUGGGGCAUCUUGAGAGGGGGCACAGCUGAAUGUGGAGCUAGUGGGGUUACGGCCAAGUGGAGACACACUGAGGGGGAGCCCAGAUGGAAGAGGGCACGUGGGGAUUACCACCAGGUAUAGGAGGUGGUUUUUUUUGUUUGUUUAUAGGAGGUGGGUAGAAUGCACAUCUAGGGAGGAAAAGGCCGCAACUGGAAGUUGGGAGCACAUUUGAAGAGCUGUCCCCAGCUGAGCUUAAGGAUAUUUUGGGAUAAGGCCCCCCACCUCGACCUGGGGGUCAGAUCUAGGGAGGAGGGGACCGCAGUUGGGAUUGGGAUGAGGAUGACAGGACCCAAUCUUCCCAGGGGGUGGAGGGCGGGGUCACCUAUGGCCAAAGAAGGGGUGGGGUUCAUAUCCGGAGAGAAAUAAUCACAUCCGGCCCCUAACCCCACCUGGGUAGAGACAUUAGCACCGAAGGCGUAGGCCGAGACUGGAGGAAGUGGGAUAGCCCAGGUGGGGGUGGAUCUGAUAUCUAGGUGUCCCUUCCCUCCAACUCAGGCGCCCCAAGAUGGAGCGGCUAGAACCCUCACCAGGCACAGCUGCGGGGCAGGAAGAGCAGGAACUGCGGGAGCGGGCCUUCUUCUCAUGGGCCGAAUUCAGCCGCUUCUUCGACGCAUGGUGUCAGCAGCGUCUGGCGCUCUUCUUCGUCAAGAGCUCCAUGCACCUGGCGCGCUGCCGCUGGGCCAGCGCGCCUCCUCUCUACACGCUCAUCGACGUGCUCAAGUACAGCUACGUGCGGCUCGUGUGCAAGGACGUGCGCGCGCCCAGCCGGCCCGCUGUGGGGCCCCCCCAGCCCGGCUGCCCUGCCUUCAUCAUUGUCAAGCUCAGCCCGCUGCGGGACCGCCUCGUGGUGACAGAGUGCCUUCUGACCCACUCGCACCCUGCCUGCCCGCUGGAGUUCGCCUACUACUUCCGCCCAGGCCACCUGCUGGCCAACGCCUGCCUGCCAGUACGCACCACCAACAAGAUCUCCAAGCAGUUCGUGGCCCCGGCCGAUGUGCACCGUCUGCUGUCCUACUGCAAGGGCCGAGACCAUGGCGUCCUGGACGCCCUCCACGUGCUUGAGGGUCUUUUCCGCACGGACCCCGAGGCCAAGGUGAAGCUGGUGUUCGUGGAGGACCAGGCGGUGGUGGAGACCGUGUUUUUUCUGACGUCACGCACCAGGGCGCUGCUGCGGCGCUUCCCGCGCAUGCUUCUGGUGGACCGGCUGCCGGGGCUGCAAGGCGCGCUCGACCUUCUGGCCGUGUUGUGCGUGGACGGCGCGGGCUGCGCGCGCCAAGCUGCUUGCUGCGUGGCACGUCCGGGCACACCGAGCCUGCUGCGCUUCGCGCUCGCCUCGCUGCUGCAGAGUGCGCCCGACGUCAAGGGCCGCGUGCGCUGCCUGACAGCGGGACCUGAGGUGGCGGCGCAGUUGCCCGCGGUGCGCCAGCUGCUGCCGGGCGCGCGCGUACAGAUCUGUCGCGCUCAGGGCCUGGAGUCGCUCUUCAGCAAGGCGCAGGAGCUGGGCGGUGCCGGCCGCGAGGACCCGGGCCUGUGGCCACGCCUGUGCCGCCUGGCCGGCGCCGCCUCGCCUGCCGCCUACGCCGAGGCGCUGACCGAGCUGCGCGCUCACGGCCCGGCCGCCUUCGUCGACUACUUCGAGCGCAACUGGGCCCCGCGACGCGACAUGUGGGUCCGCUUUCGUGCCUUUGAGGCAGCCCGCGACCUGGACGCGUGCGCCCUGGUGCGCGGCCACCGCCGGCGCCUGCUGCGCCGCCUCAGCCCGUCGCGUAGCGUGGCGCAGUGCCUCCGUGACCUGGUGGCCAUGCAGUGGGCUGACGCGGCCGGGGAGGCAGCGCCCGAGGGCUCUGACGGCGGAGGGCAGUGGCUGGAGAGUGAGCCAAGGAGGGGGGCCCAGGUGGAGAAUGCGAGGACAAAGGGCCUGGGGACAGGAGACUGGGGAGGGACUCCAAAAGAAGGAAGUAUUUGGAGAGGGUCUCCAUUGGAGAAGGAAUGGGCAAGAGGGCUGGAGACCAGAGGCGGGCGAGGGGCGCAGUUAGAAAGUGAGAAGGGAACGGGCUUUCAGCUCAGAGAAUGGAGGGGGCUCCAGUUGGAGACCCCCAAGGUGAAAGGACUGGAAGGGAGUGUCUGGAGAACGGCCCCAUUGGAGGACGAGUGCAUGGGAGGGCCUGAGAUCAGAGACUGGAGGGAGGCCCCAUUGGAGAGUGAGAAAGAUUGGGGACUGGAAGGUUAUGUCUGGAGAGGGGCCCAGCUGGAGGAGCAGGGGCUAAAAGGGCUGGAAGAGUAUGCCUGGAGGAUGGCCCAGUUGGAGGCGCGAAGGAUCGGGGUCCUGGAGACCACAGACCACCGGGGGACCCCAUGUGAGAGGGCCAGGAGUCUAGAGGGAAGCACCUGGAGGGGAGUCCAGUUGCAGGAUGAAAGGACUAGUGGCCUGAGAACCAGAGACUGGAAGGGGCCACAGCUGGAAGGGGAGGAGAGGGCGCUAGAGGUCCAAAACUGGACGGGAGUCCGUUUGGAAAAGCCGCAGGAGCUGGUCCCUGAGAAUGGAGACCAAAGGAGGCCCCAGUGGGGAGACGAGAGGGGGAGAGGGCCAGAGAUCGGAGAGGAGAGGGGAAUGCGACUGGGGGUCAAAAAAAGAAGGGGCCUGGAGGACAUUGUUCUGGUCCAGCUGGGGGACACAAGGGUUCCAGGCCUGGAGAAUGGAGAUGAAGGGGGAGCCUGGCUUAUGGACCCCAAGAACCAAGCAGGACAAGGGGUGGAGUGGGAGGACACAGGAGGGAGGCGUCUAGGGCAGGGGAAUGGAGUCGUGUGCAGCACGCCAGUGGGGGCUGUGUUUGAGGGGAAUCCAGAAUGGGCAGAGACAAGGAGGGUGUACUUGGCUGCCGGGGACAGCCUGCCAGACAGAGGCGAAAGAGAAGUCCCAAGGGAACCAAAGAGGCUGUGCCACGCAUCAGGAGAGGAGGUAGACUGGGAACCCCUGGCUAAGUUCCGAGCAGCCUGCGGGCCAGAGCUAGCGGACCUGGUGGCCGAGGAGCUGACCUUCGCCAGGCAGCACGGUACCCGGGGUUUUCACUGGACAGGAGCUGGCUUUGCCCUCAAGGACGGCACCUCGGACUUCUUCCUGGACGUAGCCCUAACACGUUGCAGCUGCUCCAUCCACGCUGCCAGGCAUCUGCCCUGCCGCCACCUGUUCGCGGCACGCCUCCUCACCGGGGCAGCCUUAUUCCACAUGGACCUGCUCAGGGAUUGCUGGGGGACAGCCCCAGAGCCCUGACCCCUCAGGUCCCUGCCCACCCCCCUCCACGGUGAGGGCGAGAGGGCAUUCUUUGAUCCCAAAGAUAACAGGGCUGAGGCCAAGGAGACCACCCCAGUCCCUUGGCCGUCUCCUGGAACGUCCAGGGACUUCAUCUUGGCAGCUUGCCCCUCUAGAUCAGAGGAGAAGCUGACAAUGCCUUCUGAGGUCCUGACACCACAGCUUCUGAGGAGGGUGAAGGCCAGGGUGGAUUCUGAUGGCUUCCCUCAGGAGAGGAAAUGUGUGAUGAGAGGGGCAGGCCAGGGCAGGAGGAAGAAAGGGGGCAAAGCUGGGGAUGGGGGUUGGUGAUGAGAACGCUGGAGGCUUGGGAAGGACACAGGAUAUGGGGAGAGUCAGGGCAGAGGAAAGUGCAGGAGGGGACUGGUCAGUCUAAGGAAUGGAGGGAGCAAAGGGAGAAAGCACAAAAUAAGAGAAGUGAAGAAGAGAUAAGGAGAAAAAAGAUAGAAGAGGGAAACAAAAAUGGGAGGAGAGAGGACAAGAAAAGAGGCAGAAAUGGGGAUAAGUGGGGAGGGGGAGGCAGAAGAGUAGGGGGAAGGAGACUAGGAUGGAGGAGGGGGACAAAAAAGGAAGACAAAAGACAUGGGAGAUGGGGAGUGAAAUAACAAGGGGGGAUGAUUUUGGUAUUUCUCAAAAGCCUGGCGGCUUGGACCACCCUCACCUUCUAUGGAUGACUGGGGGGCUGCGAUGGAGGGUUUCCAACGUGGACAGUAAACUGUCUGACCUGUUGGGCGUCACAACUGGAAUAAAACAGUGUUAUUUUGGUUUUCGUGUUGUGGUCUUGGCUUCUAGGGGAGGGUGGGAGGCCCAGCUCCAGAGGGAAUGGAGAUGGUAGGGCAGUCCUCCUAUCAAUAAGGCCUCUGGGGGCUGGAUGGAAUGGAGGACUCACAAAUGAGUCCAUCCCCAUGGUGGCUCAAACCUCAUCCGUCACCUGGACCAGUGCGCCAUGGUGGCAACUUCCCAGUAUCCGCCCAUUCUACCCUCCAAUGAUGUCAGUUGCCGUCGAGUAAGCUCUGACUCAUGAAGACCUUACGUAUAAACCAAAAAACAAACUUGUUGCCAUCGAGUUGACUCUGACUCAUACUGAACCUAUAGGACAGAGUAGAACUGUCCUGUAGGAUUUUCUAGGCUGUAAUCUUUUUUAAUCUUUAUGCUAUAGGGUCGCUAUGAGUCGGAAUUAACUGGACGGCAAUGGGUUUGGGUGUUUUGUUUUUUUGGUAAUCUUUACGUAAGCAUAUCAUCAGGUUUUUUUCAUGAGGAGCCACUGGGUGUGUUCAAACCCCUGAUCUUUCAGUUAGCAGCUGAAGGCUUAACCAUCGCACCACCAGGGCCCCUUAGCUUAUAUGUAACAGAACAAACUGUUGGCUGGCCUUGUACUGUCUCCAUGGUUGGUAUGUUUGAGUCCCUGUGGUAGUGAUUGGGUAAUGCCUUCCAACCUAAGAGGCUCACCUUCCAGUACUAUGUCAGAUGAUAUUCUGUUAUGAUUCACAGGGUUUUCAUUGGCUGAUUUUCAGAAGUAGAUCUCCAGACCUCUGUUCCUAGUCUGUUUUAGUCUGCAAGCACCAGGGAAACCUGUUUACCAUGGGUGACCCUGCUAGUAUUUGAAGUACCGGUGGCAUAGCUUCCAGCAUCGUAGCAACACACCACACACACCCUGCUGGGUUAGGGGCCCCUCUUCUGUGCUCAUUUGAUCCGCUGUACAUCAUAUCUCUGUUAUGGGACAUGGACAUAAUCCCGUGGUAUUAUAAGUGUGUGCCUAUAUGUCUGUGUCAGGGAGGGAGAGCGUUGGUGGCUUAGUGGUAGAAUUCUCGCCUUCUAUGCAGGAGUCCUGGGUUCAGUUCCCUGCAGUUUACCUCUUGUGUAACCACCACCCAUCUGUCAGCGGAGACUCGUGUGUUGUUAUGAUGCUGAAAAGGUUUCGGCAGAGUUUCCAGACUAAGACUAGGAAGAAAAGCCUGGUGAUCUCUUUCCGAAAAUCAGCCAGUGAAAACAUGGAUCACAACAGUCCAAACCCAGCUGAUCGUGGGGUUGCAGCAGGACCUAGCACCGUUUUGCUCUGUUGUGCAUAGGGUUGUCAUGAGUUGGGCAGCUAGCAACACCACCAAUGUUCUAACAUUGUCUGUCACUCUAUGUUCACUGUUGUUAUUAAUGUUCAGUCUCCCCCACCAAAAUAUAAGCGCCUUGAAGGUAGAGGAACCUUGACUAUUUUGUUUUCCAUUGUAUCCCAAGUGCCUAGAACAGUGCCCAAUGCAAAAUCAGCGCUCACUUAGAAAGAUCAAAGAAUAAAAAUGGCAGACUGGCUAGUAAGGCUAGUCAGUCAUCGUUGCCAUGGUGACAGCCUCCUGAAAAGUCCCAGCUUCAAAAACCUGGCGCCUAUCCUCAUCCUGCUCACCCAUUGGCCACCUGGGACUCACCCGUCUCCAGCUGAUCCAUUGACCCUUUGCCAUUGAUUCUGACUCAUAACGACCCUAUAGACAGUGGAACCGCCCCCACAGAGUUUCCAAGGAGCGGC